UUAAUGACCAAAUUGGACACUUCAAACUUUAUUAACACACUAUAAUAAUCACAUUUUCACUACACACUUUUCCUAUCCUCAUCAAAAACUCUCUUCCUUCUCUGCUGAAGAAUUUCUGUGCGGAAGAUUUUACAGCCAUAAAUUGUGAAGUUGCAAAAGAUGACUAUUCACAAAGCUCAUUGCUUGAUCUUGCCAUAUCCUGUCCAAGGUCAUGUCAACCCAAUGCUCCAAUUCUCCAAACGUUUGCAAUCCAAAGGUGUCAAAAUAACUAUAGCACCCACAAAAUCCUUCUUGAAAAACAUGCAAGAUUUGCCUACUACUGUGUCAGUUGAGGCCAUAUCCGAUGGCUAUGAUGAUGGUGGUCGCGAUCAAGCUGAAUCAUUCGUGGCCUACACAACACAAUUCAAUGAAGUUGGCGCGGAUACUCUUUCUCAGCUUAUACAAAAAUUGACAAAUUGUAGAUGCCCCGUAAAUUGCAUAGUAUAUGAUCCAUUCCUUCCUUGGGCUGUUGAAGUGGCAAAGAAUUUUGGAUUAGCUACUGCUGCAUUUUUCACACAAAACUGUGUUGUGGAUAACAUCUAUUACCACGUACAUGAAGGGGUAGUAAAACUUCCUCCUACUCAAGUUGAUCAAGAAAUAUUAAUUCCUGGAUUAUCAUGUACAAUUGGGAGUUCAGAUGUGCCUAGUUUUGUUAUUGAUCCUGAAGCAGAAAGAAUACUUGAAAUGUUGGUGAAUCAGUACUCAAAUCUUGACAAAGUGGAUUGGGUCCUAAUCAACAGCGUCUAUGAAUUGGAGAAAGAGGUAAUUGAUUGGAUGUCCAAGAUUUAUCCAAUCAAGACAAUUGGACCAACAAUACCAUCCAUGUACCUAGACAAGAGGCUACAAGAUGACAAAGAGUAUGGCCUUAGUAUGUUCAAGCCAAUGACAAAUGAAUGCCUAAAUUGGUUAAACCAUCAACCAAUUAGCUCAGUGGUGUAUGUAUCAUUUGGAAGUUUAGUCAAAAUAGAAGGUGAGCAAAUGGAAGAAUUGGCAUGGGGUUUGAAGAAUUGCAACAGGAACUUCUUGUGGGUAGUUAGGUCAAAUGAAGAACCCAAACUUCCCAAGAACUUACUAAAGGAAUUAAAGUCAACAAGUAGCAAUAAUAAAGGCCUAGUGGUGUCAUGGUGUCCACAAUUACAAGUAUUGGAACAUGAAUCAAUAGCGUGCUUUCUGUCGCACUGUGGAUGGAAUUCAACUUUGGAAGCAAUUAGUUUGGGAGUGCCAAUGGUGACAAUGCCACAAUGGUCAGAUCAGCCCACAAAUACAAAGCUUGUGCAGAAUGUUUGGGAGAUGGGAGUUAGAGCCAAACAAGAUGACAAAGGGAUAGUUAGAAGAGAUGUUAUUGAAGAAUGCAUAAACCUAGUGAUGGAAGAAGAGAAAGGAAAGCUGAUUAGGGAAAAUGCAAAGAAAUGGAAGGAAUUGGCUAGAAAUGCUAUGGAUGAAGGUGGAAGUUCAGACAAAAACAUUGAAGAAUUUGUUUCCAAGUUGGUGACUAUUUCCUAAGUAGGAAGUCAAAUAAGAUUCGCAAAAAAUAAUUUAGAAUUUGAGUUUUAUUUUGCAAAUUUUUUUCCUAAUUGAAGUAGUAAAAUUUGACCUGAAUCUUCUUUUGUUUAGCAAGUUGGAUGAGACAAAGUAACAAAGUUGUCAUGGUCAGUGAGUCAUUAACAACUUAUUUGCAAGA